CUACGGUGUCCCGCGAAGUUCUAAAAGGACUCGCGCUCGCGUUGUUGAAAAUUUAGUUUUCCCUUUCUUCAAUGACGAUGGGUGACAUGAUAUCUGAGGAACUGGAAGAUUUGAUGCAUUUCUCCGUCCACGAUUUACCAGCUCGUGGUUAUUCGGUCAUGGAGGAGAUCCGGCGUCAGGGGAAGCUCUGUGAUGUUACCCUCAAGGUGGGAGAGCAUAAGUUUAGUGCCCACCGGAUUGUUCUGGCUGCUUCCAUUCCCUACUUCCACGCCAUGUUCACCAAUGACAUGGUCGAGUGCAAACAGGAUGAGAUCGUCAUGCAAGGCAUGGAUCCCAGUGCUCUAGAGGCGCUCAUCAAUUUUGCGUAUAACGGACACAUAGCCAUAGACCAGCAGAACGUUCAAGCGCUCCUGAUAGGCGCCAGUUUCCUGCAGCUGCAGAAUGUUAAAGAUGCCUGCUGCUCUUUCCUUCAGGAGAGGUUGCAUCCAAAGAACUGCCUGGGUGUGCGGCAGUUCGCCGAGACCAUGAUGUGCACGACGCUGUAUGACGCCGCCAACAGCUUCGUGCAUCAGCACUUCGUGGAGGUUUCUGUGUCCGAGGAGUUUCUGAGCCUGCGGCCCGACGAGGUGCUCGAGCUGGUCGGCUGUGAUGAGCUCAAUGUCAAGGCUGAGGAGCAGGUGUUCGAGGCCGUUCUUGCGUGGGUGAGGCAUCAGAGAGAAGACCGCCAGUCCUGCCUGCCCGAGCUGCUUUCCAAGACCCGACUGCCCCUGUGCCGACCCCAGUUCCUGGCUGAUCGCGUCCAACAGGACGAGCUGGUGCGCUGCUGCCACAAAUGCAGGGAUCUGGUAGAUGAGGCAAAGGAUUAUCAUCUAAUGCCAGAGCGCCGGCCGCACCUGCCUGCCUAUAAGACACGGCAAAGAUGCUGCACGUCCAUCGCCGGGUUAAUCUAUGCAGUCGGAGGACUCAACAGUGCAGGUGACUCGUUAAACGUCGUGGAAGUAUUUGAUCCAAUUGGUAACUGUUGGGAACGCUGUCAGCAAAUGAGCACGGCGCGGAGUCGAGUGGGCGUGGCUGUGGUCAACGGGCUACUGUAUGCUAUUGGGGGCUACGACGGCCAGUCUCGGCUCAGCACAGUCGAAGUCUACAACCCAGAAACGGACACGUGGAGUAAAGUAGCCAGCAUGAACAGUCAACGCAGCGCAAUGGGAACGGUGGUAGUCGACGGACACAUAUACGUCUGUGGUGGCUACGAUGGCAAGUCCUCACUCAAUUCAGUGGAGUGCUAUUCUACAGAAACGGACAGAUGGACAAUAGUGACAGAGAUGAGCGCGAGUCGCAGUGCCGCAGGCGUGACGUUAUUUGAAGGGAGGAUAUACGUUUCGGGCGGACACGACGGUCUGCAGAUUUUCAACACGGUGGAGUAUUACAACCAGCACACGGCGCAGUGGCACCCCCUGUCCCCCAUGCUCAACAAGAGGUGCAGGCACGGUGCAGCGGCUCUGGGCAGUCAGCUCUACGUGGUGGGCGGCUACGACGGCUCUGGUUUCCUGAGCGGUGCCGAGGUGUACAGCUCUGCAAGCGAGCAGUGGAGCCAUCUGGUGGCAAUGAACACGCGGCGCAGUCGAGUCUCUCUGGUCGCGAACUGCGGCCAUCUGUACGCCGUCGGGGGCUACGACGGCCAGUCCAACCUCAGCUCGGUGGAGAUGUACGACCCAGAGACUAACCGCUGGACGUUUAUGGCGCCCAUGGUGUGCCACGAAGGCGGCGUCGGGGUCGGCUGUAUACCUCUGCAACCAGCCUAGCCAAUAAAUCAAAAGGAUUUUUCCGAACGUCGUUUUUCUAAGCGCAGAACGUCCAUAACGCACUCGUGCAACUUGAUGUCCUGACGUACGUUCGCGUCGGAAUGGCCGUAUGCGACGUUACAGAAAACCUACACACAGUGUACACACGGUGCAGCGUUGACGGGGAUGUGGUGUAACGUCUUUAUUUUCAUCACGGUUUCAAAUCUGUAAAAAAAAAACAAAACAAAACAAAAAAAACUUUCAUUCGGGGCUUGGCUGUCUUUCGUAAGGUUCUACCGAGACGAUGCAGAAAGAAAUGCUCACUCGGUUCCUGUUCGCGUGUGUAAUAGUGUGUGCUCGGUUAGGGAAAUGUGCAUGAGUGAGCCAUAAAGGGAUAAAAAUCGCCUCAUCAACUGGAAGCUUAUAGUUAAGACAUGCAGGAUGGUACAAGUUAACCACUGACAAGCAAAUGUAUGUUAUUUGGGAGACUAUAAUCACACAUUAUUUAUAGGGAUUUCUAACAUUGAAUACAUUUUUUGUGAUUUUAUAGCAUGUGUUUUUUUUUUUUUUAAUUUUAUUUUAUUUUUUAUUAUAGCACAUUUUAUUUGGGAUAUCAUUUGUUCGGAGCGUUCCGAAGAAAACAUCCACCGGACGUGCCAUAUUCCACACGGUCAUGCUGGACCACGAUAGGAUCGAGCUCUACCGCUUCUCGGAGCGUACCGAAGAGCGCUCGUUGUUUCGAGACACGAUGGAAACUCCUAGUGGAGGGGAAAGGGUUGUGAUGACCGAUAACGACGGCCUGUCUUACCUCCUGAAUAGCUCUACGUUCCUCCUCUCAUGUGGAUGGAAGUCAGUGCAUUUAAUACCAAAAAAACAAAAACAAAAAAAAAAGAAGUGAAGCGAUGGCGUGGAAUUGCCUAACGACCAGCAUCGUCAGUGUCCUGUCUGUCAUGUGUGCAGUGGCGUGGAGUCCUGGUGGUGGAAGUUAGAAGCAUGUGUCCUGCCCACCAGACUCAGGUCCCCUCCCCCUUUCCCCAGCCAGCUGCUUUGUGUAAUCACUAGUAACAACUCCUAAUUUGGGAUUACUGACUGUGAAUUUCGAGUAUUGGAUGUCUUCAUUUCUUCCUUUCCUCUCUUCUUGACCGUUCCUCUGCUGAUCUUGAUUGAUGUUGAAUUUACUAUAUCCUAGAUCGUGUAUUGUAACGUUCAAUCAUGGUGCAGUAUUUUUAUACUACUUUUUUUUUUUUUUUUUUUUUUUUUUUUAAACAACAAAAAACAUUUUUUUUUUUAUUUCAGGACCACGAUUUUUUAUUUUGUAUUUUUUUAUGAUGUUGCACAUAAUAGUUGAGUUAAUCUAUCUUAACAUUGAGAAUCAAGUUUAUAGAUGUAUAUGUAUAGUAUAAUAUAUAUGUAAGCAGAGGAUUAUAACACGUGGCCCUAGUGAACCUGUAGUCUUUCUGAUCAUCUUUUAGCUACCUCUGUUUGAGAUGGGAGAGCUUUUGUGUGUGUGUGUGUGUGUGUGUGUGUGUGUGUGUGUGUGUGUGUGUGUGUGUGUGUGUGUGUGUGUGUGUGUGUGUGAGAGAGAGAGAGAGAGAGAGAGAGAGAGAGAGAGAGAGAGAGAGAGAGAGAGAGAGAGAGAGAGAGAGAGACGGAGACGGCCGAUCUGCUCACACAGUUUGUUUCAACUGCAGGAUCUCCAAACCUGGGACCGAAAUCUCAAGUGUGGGUCUUUUUCACGUUAUGGACAUCAUUUUGUAAAUGUCCUAAAUAAAUCAUGUUUUUUUUUUUUUUUUUUUUUUUUUUUUUUUAAAUGAACACAUUUUUCAAGCCAUUUGUCUUUUUUUUUUUAUAUGUAUUCGUGCCAGGACCCAAGUAGGACUACAGUAUAAAGUGUGUAUGGGUAACGGUGCAAGUAGUUAAAGCUACACAAAGUAGUGCACACUGUUCAGUGAGAAUUCAGGGCUGUGUCCCAAACCGCAUAACGCACAUUAAGUAGUACGCUUGAGUAGUAAUGACCAAGGUUAUUAUCGUUAACGGAAACUGCCAAGGAAACUGAAACGAUCAGUGACGUUAACUGAAAUUAAUAUCCAAGUAAAUGAAAACUAGACUGCAGUUAUAGCGUCCACGUGCAGUACGAACCCAAACCAAAUCGAAUUUCAGAGAAUAAUUCAGUUUUAUUUGUGUGGCGCUUUUAACGACGGACGUUGUCUCAAAGCAGCUUUACGGAAACGUAUAAACACGGGAUAGAGAUUUUAAGUGUGUUUUAUGAGUUUAUCCCUAUUGAGCGAGACGGUGGUGAUGGUGGUGACGUUCUCCCUAAGAUGAAAUGAGGAAGAAACGUUGAGAGGAAGCGGACUCAGAAGGGAACCCGUCCUCAUCUGGGUAACACCGGAUAGUGUGAAAGUAAAGGAAAGUUCAUUAUGGUGUUUAUAUGAAGUCUGUGUGUUGAACUAGUCCACCGUUCACUAAAGGAGACCUGAGUGUAAAACUGCAUGUGGUAAUUGAGGUCCCAAGGACAUCGCUGCAACCGUCGUCCCAGCAACCACAGCGUGAACGUCCAUGUGGAAAUGAGGUCCAGAGCCUUUUCCGUGGUACUUCAAGUGGUACGUCCUCAGCGAUCUCCCAGAAUGUAUCCUCCACUUGAUUAGCGCUCCAUCCAGAGGUAGGGUAUGAGGAUGGAUCAGGCAGGUCCGGAGUGCAGAAAGGCUCAGGAUCACUGACAUCUCCAUAAUAUCAUGUGUGGCUCGACAGAAGGAGAGAGGAAGAGAUGAAUAAAUGAAUAAAACUGUAUUUUAAAUGUUCGGGGGUUUGACUUAAGAACAGCAGUUGAACAGAGUGGAUCCAUAAUUGUUGUCGAAUCAUAAAUGACCAGUAGAUGGCAGGAUUAAAACCUCCAGCCCCCAAAUCUUUAUACCAAGAGCAACGGAAAUAUAUGUUGACGUAAUUUAUUUUGUAACAUUAUUGGUGUUCUGAAUUGAGUGUUUAGUUUGUAAUAAUAAAUCAGAUUAAAAUACUAAGAGGC